AUGAGGAGUCGCUCAUUUCUAGGGUCUCCAAACCGGCACAAGUAUGUCUUGGUGGUGGCAAUAUUCUGCCUGGUCAUUCUUUUCAACACCCUGCCCUCCAAAUCCACACUCGAUCCCCGGAAUGUGCGCUCUUAUGGGGAAGACCGACCACAGUUCCUCCGUCAGUCUGCUUUUCGGGCAGACCCAGAUUAUGAAUAUGAGAGCAAGCUCUCAAGUGAACUGCGCACUAUUGAAAUAGAACAGCAACUACGCAGCGACAAAGAUGCUACAGACACGCUGUGGCAGAUCAUGCUACCCGGUGUCGAUGAGCGAAGCGAUGACUCGAUCCAGUUCGAAGAGAAGAACUCAGACUGGAAGUACAAGCUAGUACAAACCGACUGGGCUGAUCAAUUCAUCACGGAGACUCUCGCAUCUAUCCCAGAUAUCGCUCGCUUGUAUAAAUCAUACCCGCAUUCUGUUCAUCGCGGCGAUCUCCUCCGAUACUUGAUUCUAUGGUACUACGGUGGCUACUAUGCCGACCUCGACGUAUAUCCCAAACGAAGCAUCAAAUUCUGCCCCUCAGUGCGCGAUGCAAUCUUCCAAAACCACACAGUCAACCCCAAUGUCUCAUUAGUCGUCGGGAUUGAGAUCGACGAGCCCUUCGCUUCGGCGGAGAAGAUGCGCGACUGGCACUGGGCCAGGCGGUAUGGUUUCAUCCAGUAUACAAUGUAUGCGCCGCAGCGAUUCAGCCCGCUGCUCAGGGAGAUUAUUGUCCGCGUGCUAUCCCACACGAAGCGGCGUGUCGAGGAACAACAUAUAUGGAGUGGUGGAUACAACGAGAUGGACACGCUGGAAAUCACCGGUCCGGGUGUGUUCACGGAUGCCAUUCUCGAUGUCUUGUCGGAUACAUUGCCAUCUACUCACCCGUUAGUCCGGCAGUCUAUGGAUGCGGACAGUGGCACUCUGGAUUCUUCAGGACUCCCUGUACAGCACGUAACAUGGGCGCCAUUUCACGCAAUUCAAGAGCCAGUCUGUGUCGAAGGGACCGAGGCCAAGCCUGGGAAGCUGCUGGGAGGGUUAUGUGUCUUGCCCGUCAAUGCUUGGGGUAAUGGGCAGCGGCACUCGGGAUCCAAGGACUUCAGCAAUGAAGAUGCCUGUAUCAACCAUCGGUUUGGGGGAACCUGGAAACCAUGGAAACAGAGCUGGCAAAAAUAUCUCUUUGGAUGA